AUGAGCCCUGCACCGUUCUACCCAAAGAAACAAAUCACCACCAACGGUAAGAAAAUCAACAAGGAUUCUCAUUUCAUCAAGAAAAAAUCACCAUCACCAUCACCACCACAAGCUUCUUCCACCAAGCCACCGCAACGCCAACCAGUCAUUAUCUACACUCAUUCUCCCAAGAUCAUUCACACUCACCCUAAUAACUUCAUGGCUUUGGUGCAAAAGCUCACGGGACUCUCUCGCCCAGACGAAGAUGAUGAUGAUGAUGAUCAAGAAGAAGAAGAAGAAAACCAUAUCGGCGGCAACGGUUGCAACCCGCCGAAGCAUGAGCCCCGGGAAGCCGUGGCGGUGAAGGAGGAGAAGGACUGCGUGAAGGGCGAAUUUGCCAAGAAGGUUGCGGUGGUUUGUAAGGAGGAGAAUGACACGUCGUCGUCGGUGAUUACCGACGACAGUAAUUGCAACUGGAGCUGCAAUAUGGGUGAGGUGAAGUCGUGUUUGGUGGCGGCGCCGCCACCGAUGCUGGAUGCUCCGUUUAUCCCUUAUGCUAAGAAUUUGGGGAUGUUAGGAGCGAGUUCAACGGAUUUCCUUUGCUCAAAUAAGCCGUUGUUGGCCUACGUGGACGCCUUGUUCUUCUGA